UUGACUUCAACAUUGUAUUAGAAUCUGAUUUUCCCAGGAAAAUAAAACCCCACAUCAAACAUCUUACAAUUCUUGAAAGCAAAGCAAAAUAGCAAAAAAGCUUUCACAUAUUCAAAGAAAUAAACCCCCAGCUUUUUUUACAAGAAAAAAAAAUGGGAUUUUUCACCUACGCCAUUACCGGCGUUGGUUUCAUCCUGAUUGGGUCCUGGGAAUCCAUAACCUCUUUAAACCUGACCCGAAUCCCGAAUUCAACUUCAUCUUCUUCACUUUCGGCCCAGAUCAAAUCUACAUCUAUUUCAAAAACUAAAGAAAAUCCAUUUUCCUCUUCAUCAUCCUUCAUCUUUGUAUCAGUCUUUUCCCUAUUGAUCUUCUUUAAUUCUCUGGUUUCAAUCUUUGAUGCUUUCAGUUCAAAGGACCGAGUGGGGUCGAUGCUCCAAUUACAAGUACUCCCAAUUGCUCUGCUUUUCUUGUUUUACUCUGCUUUGGGUCUUUCAAAUAAUAAGCAAAGUUCAUAUUUAUGGCCUGAUUCUGUUCUUGAUUUAGUUCUCCUUUUAGCUUUUGUUGAAGAAUUUUUGUUGUAUUACUUACAAAGAAAGGAUACCAGUGGGAUUGAGAACAGAUAUUUUGAUCUUUUAUGUGUUCCCAUAGCAAUUUGUGUGGUUUCUACAAUGCGAGAGUUGAGGUCGAAAAGGUCGAUUUACUCGAAACUGGGACGAGGCAUUGGAUUGAUUUUACAAGGAACAUGGUUUGUGCAAAUGGGGUUUUCAUUUUACACUAAUUUGAUCGUUCAUGGAUGUAGUUUACAUGAAAAAAGUAGAGGGAAUUAUACUAUUAAGUGCAAAGGUCACCCUGAGUAUCAUAGAGGGAGAGCUAUUGCAACAUUGCAAUUUAAUUGCCAUCUUGCUAUGGCUGUGGUUUUGGUUGUUGGGAUGUUGUCAAUUAUGGGUAAAAGGAAUGGUGUUGGUGUUUCAGAGAAUGGUUUGCGGUAUAGGCCAUUAGGGGCCGAAAUGCAGCAGAUGGAUAAUAAUGUGCAGAAUUUCACUUUGGAUUCUGAUGAUGAUCUUGAUGAUGAGAUUAAAGAAGAAGAUGAUUUGGGGAAAGAAAAGGCAGCUAUUGUGGAAUUGGGUGUCAAUGGUCAAGGGUCACAUGUGUGAGGUAAAACUUUUAGUGUUUUCUAUUUAGUAGAUGAAUGAAAGCAUUGUAAUUCAUUCUUUUGUGAUGUUAUUAGCGAGGAAGUGAUGAUUGAGUUUACAUAAAUGAAUCGUGAUCUGUUUGUGUUAUUUUGUUCUAUCCGAAUCUUAUCAGUUAUUGCAGUUUUAGUUUUAAAAUGGCAUUGAUGGCUGGCUGUAUUGAAGUGUUUUGACACAAUUGGAAUUCCUUUUGCUUAACAAUAUGAGCAGGAGAGUUUAACAUUUUUAUUUUUGGAUAAGGUAGUUGAACAUUUGAAAUAUUGUGGCUUGAAUAGUGGUAAUGAUCAUAUACAGAUUCUAUUA